GGUUUAAUAAAUUGAUUAGGUAGUUAGCAGUUAGUGGAAACCGUAAAAUUGGAAAUAAACUUCAACAAAAAGUCAAGAAUGACUUAAUAUACGGUGUGUAACUAAUUUUAGGUACUUGAAAAGAAAAAAUCAAUAAAAAUAACUCAUAAUUUCCAGCUUGUGCUAUAAUAAUUAUUUACGCUACAAGUGCAGAAAAUAGGCAAUUCACAACGAGUGGCGAUAAAUUAAAACACGACCGAAGGGAGUGUUUUAAAUCGACACGAGUUGCGAAUAACCUAUUCGCACGUGUAUAGUACAACGUUUUCCAGUACAUAUGGCUCUUUAAAGUUUCGACAUAUGCACGGAAACGGCUCAUUCCCGCACGCGUGCGGGAAUGUAGCACCAUAUGUACUGCAAAUAUUAUUAUCAAAUCAUACGUAUUCCCCGUCGAACUUAUUAUUCCUACAAUUUUGCAAUAAAAAGCUAAGACACGCAAAACAACCUAAACAAAAUUUACACUGCCCGCAGUGAGCCUGUUAACUUUUUCGCAAAUAAAGGCGACGACUGACGUCAUGACUCGGUAUAAAACAUACCGAAUAAAGAGACAGGCAGUUCUAUCCGAGGAGGAAGGUUCAAUGAUGAACUCCGCAAUUAUCUUGCUAUCAACAAUUAUACAGUUAAUUCACUGUGCUUCUUAUCCCGAUGUUAAAUCUCUUUUAUCAAACAUUUCAGAAUUCACACUCUCUGAAGAUGGAAAACUUAACUUUACACAACUAGUGACUAAAUAUGGACACACAGCCGAACAAUACGAAGUAGUCACUGAAGACGGAUACCUGGUCAAGUUAUUUCAUAUCCCUGGAAUAAGGUCUUCAGUACUAUUAACCCAUGGACUCGGAACUGAUGCAGAUCCUUACGUCAUCAGAGGUAAUGGCUCAUUAGGUAUUGCUCUGGCGGAUGAAGGAUAUGACGUGUGGCUCCUCAACAACAGAGGUACGAAGUUCAGCAGACGUCACACUGAACUCGAUCCUGACAAAGACAAAAAAUUCUGGGAUUACAGUUUACACGAGAUGGGCUACUACGACCUCGCCGCUACAAUAGAUUUUGUCCUCUAUCAAACUGGUGAGGAAAAGAUUUUGGCUAUCGGUCAUUCCCAAGGAGCAUCACAAUUCUUCGCACUAACGUCACUGAGACCAGAAUACAAUGAGAAGGUAAAACUGUUUCUCGCAUUAGCUCCUGGUGCAUUUUUCUUUAAUAUGCCGCCUUUGUUCCAAAUAGUUGCCAGUGCUGGUCCUUUACUGUUGGAGCUUGGAAAAACGCUUGGAAUUGAGGAACUUUGUAAGGAUCGCGGUGCACUUCUCUUCCUGAUUAAAACAAUUUGUACUAAAGGUAUUAUCAGCUACGAAGUGUGCGUCAGAGCUGCAAUUUUUCCUUUCCUUGGGUAUAACCCAGCAGGUUUCGAAUUAAGCUUCUUACGAACCUUAUUUGGCCACGCUCCUAGUGGGUUUUCAAGAAAAUGUUUAGAGCAUUACGAUCAACUUUAUUUACGUAAGAAAUUUGCCCAAUUCGACUAUGGUUUUCGUGGAAAUUUGGGUAAAUACGGGAGCCGGAAUCCACCAGAUUAUGCCUUGAGCAAAAUAACCGCAGAUGUAGCCAUCAUGUCUGGAAAGCUUGACACACUUUCUCUGAUCGAGAAUGGGAAAAUAUUAAAAAGCAAAUUGCCAAAUGUGGUACAUUUUGAGGAAAUUGAAAAAACGACACACAUUGAUUUUGUUCUAAGUAGAGAAGCAUCUAAAUAUUUGUUUCCAUCUAUCUUCAGACUUCUACAAAAAUAUGAUUAG